AACAGCAGUUUGUUAGGAUGCUAGUGCAGAAAUAUUUCCAUUCAGAUCUGCUUUUCCGUUUUGCGAUCCUAGUUAUUUCUAGGAUGUUGGUGUCACUGACUCCAUGUGAUUUCCGGCUCUGGUUAAGUUUCGGUUUUGUUACGUCAUUACUUCUUGUGAAGCAUAUAUUACAGCGGUACAAAUUCUUUUGUGUGAAAACACCGUUCUGUACGAUCUUUUAAAUCAUGAAACGCAUUGGUACGGUUGCGUUGGCCCCGGUGGCGCUUACCAUGGCUGGAUUCACCUCCGCUGGUAUAGCAGGAGGUUCUCUGGCUGCCAGCAUGAUGUCAUCAGCAGCCAUCGCCAACGGUGGAGGUGUGGCUGCGGGAAGUUUGGUCGCUGUCCUUCAAUCUGCAGAUUGUUCUUCCUGGCCAGGUGCUGCUGGGCUGUCUGCAGGUGCAACAGCAGCCGUGGCAGCUGUGGGUGGAGCAGCAGGAGCUGUUGUAGGCGGAGUGGCAGAUUUUUUUCUCUCAUUCCGAUAGUCCACCUUCAUCCGACGAUGAAGACGAUGGAUCUGAAGAAGGGGAUGAGACAGAGAUGAGUUUGCCGGAGACCAAAGAGCUUAUGCCAAAAUAAGGACCACUGUUAUAGCAAAGUGAUCCUGUGAUUGAAGAUCAUUUUUUUUAUUAAACAAUUAAAACAUGUUGUGUUGUGCAAGAUUGCAGAGUAUUGCCUUUCAGUAUAAAUGCAAGAAAUUGUAAUACAAAUUAAUUGUGUCCUUGAAUUUCAUACUUAGAUCUUUACAGUAGAAUUUGGUUUUGUCUUAUAUUUAAAGUUGGCUUUACCAAUUCCGUUACUUUCCUGUUUAAUGCUUUUAAGCUGCUUUGAAACAAUCUCUAAUUAAUAAAGCACUACAAAAUGAAGGUGA